UUUGCAACUUUUAUUAUGUAAAUUCCUGUUCCACAUAUAUCGAAUUUUUCUCUCUCUAGGGUUUCAACUUUCAACAACAAUCCAAUCCAAUAGCUGACUCCAGUCCAAAUUGCGGCAGAUCACCUCUUCUAAAUAUAAUUUGUCACAAUGUCAGAGGGUCAGGAAACCGAUAAGAACAUUGAAAUAUGGAAAAUUAAGAAACUUAUCAAAGCAUUGGAAGCUGCAAGAGGCAACGGUACAAGCAUGAUCUCUCUUAUCAUGCCGCCUCGUGAUCAAAUCUCGCGUGUAACUAAAAUGCUCGGUGACGAGUUCGGAACCGCUUCCAACAUCAAAAGUAGAGUUAACCGCCAAUCGGUUCUAGGUGCCAUAACUUCAGCCCAACAAAGGCUCAAGCUGUACAACAAGGUUCCACCAAACGGGCUCGUGCUCUACACCGGAACCAUAGUCACCGACGACGGAAAAGAGAAAAAAGUCACAAUCGACUUUGAACCAUUCAAGCCGAUUAACGCUUCACUUUACCUUUGCGACAAUAAAUUUCACACCGAAGCUUUAAACGAGCUCCUGGAGUCUGACGACAAAUUCGGUUUCAUCAUUAUGGACGGAAACGGGACCCUUUUCGGGACAUUAAGCGGCAACACGAGGGAAGUUUUACACAAAUUCACCGUCGAUUUACCGAAAAAACACGGGCGAGGAGGUCAAUCUGCGCUUCGAUUUGCACGUCUUCGAAUGGAGAAACGGCACAACUACGUGAGAAAAACCGCUGAGCUGGCGACGCAGUUUUUCAUCAAUCCCGCUACUAGUCAACCUAACGUUUCGGGACUUAUUCUAGCUGGAUCCGCCGAUUUCAAAACCGAGCUGAGUCAGUCCGACAUGUUUGAUCCUCGUCUUCAGGCUAAAAUCUUGAACGUGGUUGAUGUUUCUUACGGGGGCGAGAACGGUUUCAACCAAGCUAUCGAAUUGUCUUCGGAAAUUCUCGCAAACGUGAAGUUCAUUCAAGAAAAACGUUUAAUCGGGAAGUAUUUCGAGGAAAUUAGUCAGGAUACCGGGAAGUACGUGUUCGGUGUUGACGACACUUUAAAAGCAUUAGAAAUGGGCGCGGUCGAGAUUCUUAUCGUAUGGGAAAAUCUCGAUUUCAACCGUUACGUACUUAAAAACAGCUUAACUGGCGAAAUCAUUAUCAAGCAUUUGAACAAAGAUCAAGAGUCGGAUCAGAGUAAUUUUAGGGAUUCGGACACUAACGCUGAGCUGGAAGUUCAAGAAAAAACGUCGUUGCUCGAGUGGUUUGCUAACGAGUAUAAAAAAUUUGGGUGCACGCUUGAGUUUGUUACGAAUAAGUCGCAAGAGGGUUCGCAGUUUUGCAGAGGUUUUGGUGGAAUCGGUGGUAUACUUCGGUACCAGCUGGACAUUAGGUCGUUUGAUGAAUUGUCUGAUGAUGGGGAAAUUUACGAGUCGGACUAGCAAUCAACUACUUGUUACGGGCCGGUGCAGGCGGGGUGGGGUCCAGAGCCCGCGUCGGGGCACUCGUUAGGCUCGCUACCUUUGUUUGCUGUUUAAGGAGUUUUUAAGAAGUUGGAAUAAAUAGAAUGGAUGAUAAAUCAAGCUACAUCCCCCACCCCCACUUGAAGCGGUUGCACUAAAUCAUUCUCGACAUGUUUUAAAUGAUUCCAAUAUAUAUGGUUUAUUGCGGAUUUGCAUCGCAUUGCAUUGCAUUUUGUGUUUUGGCUUUCAAUACAGUUCGACUUAUGUUACUUUAGUUUGUUCUCAACCUUUAGAUUCAUAUGAACCAUCCUUUGUUUAUCGACUUUUGGUUGGUUGGUU